CGACUUUGUUGCUCGGAGACAGUUUUGCGCGCUGCCGUUUGUGUGUCUGUGUGUGUGUCUGUGUGUGUGUGUGUCGCUCAGACGGCCAUAAACGGAUUAUUCGUUUGCUACAGCGCGAACAUGCCUAGUCAUAGAAGUCACAUCCCCCAAAUUAUCGCCCAUCAUUUGCGUUUACUGAGGUGAGAGAUGAAGAACAAGAAACAGAGGACGGUCAGAGCUGGAACUAAGAGGAAAGUCCCCAGUGAUGUGUCCCCUUCUACCAGCCUCCCACCUCUGGUUGAGGGUCAGCUGAGAUGUUUCUUGCGAGUGACAAUAAGUCGUGUUUUAUGGACGGUACACAAGCCUCCUCCUGCAACAUUUGUCAGGCUGCGCUGGUGGGGAGAGUCAUCUGAUGGGACACACUUCUUCCCCCGAGAUGGGCUGCAGGUGUCACAGAAGAGCGUCAAGACGACCGCUCGCUUCCCAAUCCGCUGCGGGCCAAAGCAGUUCACCUCAUAUCUCACAGAUAUGGGCUCUCUGGUGCUAGAGGUUCUGACAAAACCGGAUCAUUUGCCGAUUGCUCGUGCUCAGGUCGCUGGCAUCUCCAGCCUCUCUUUGUCACACCCAGUUGGUGGAUUUUACACACUUGUAUCUCCAACAUCUGAAAAGCUGGGAGAGCUACAGGUGUCCCUUAAUUUGGAGCCUUUAACUGAAGCCUAUGAUGGCAGCAACUCAGGUCCCGCUACAGAUAUGAGUGUGGAAGGACCAAAUGUUGCUACAUUGACUUUGCCCUCGCAGCCUAUAUCGAUCUCAGCUGAUAGUAGGAAACAAUCAGUUGGCAGCGGCGCAAACACACCAAGAGGAAAAGACCAUUUAUACUUCCAAAAUGCUCAAAAAGGCGUUGAAAAUGACAACUUACUGGAAAAUCAGAUGUCGACAACAGGCAGGUCUCAGAGCCCAAUGAACCCAACCGUGAAUCCAUCAACUGGUCAGCUUCCUAAACAAACAUCUAGUGAUAUCCUCUCAGUUCUUCUGGAACGUGGGAACAAGCUUAGAAAUGCUAUGGUGGCAUCAGCUUUGAAAUGUGAUGUUGAUGCCACUCCAGCUCUGAAAGAUGCCCCAUUCCCUCUCCCAAAGGACAACAGCGGACCACCUUCUAAGCCUGACACCUCUCCCUCUGGGACACUUUUUCAAAGUAUUCUUCUCGCUGAAUCAAGUCUCAAACAGACUGAUUAUGUGGCUACGGUUCCAGAGAGUGGAUUCAGCUAUCCUACUGACAUGGACAGUAAAGCCGUGGAUCUUCUGCUUGGCAGCAUAAACACAUCUCCCCUGCCUCAUUGGGUUGGAGAAGGCUCCUCUCCUGGAUCUCUGUCUGGCCACAGCAGUUUUUGUGGCGAUAGUGAACUCAAUGAUCCACAGUAUGAUCAGAGUUUACUAGAAAAUUUGUUCUACAAAUCUCCUAUGCCUGAUACCAGACCAAAUGAUGCCAAGGUGGCAGGUGAAGAAAACGUGUUGUCCAGUCAAAAUCAGCAGCCUAUGCAGUCUGGGGCCAAGGCUAGCGAAGGACCAGCGCCAGAGCAUCAGUUGUCUGCAGAUUCUGGUGCCUUUCUUCCCGGCCUGAAUGCAGACCAACUGACCUUGCUGAAUUCAGUCCAAGGGGCGAGAGUGGGCAUCGAUUCUCUUACCGUACCUGCAGGUACCACACCCAGAAAUGCCUCUAGUAAAGGAAAACCUCCUCGACCAUCAACUAAAACAAAAUGCACCUUCUUUGUUGAAUACAUGUUCCCAGUAGCUAUUACUUCCAAACACAAGCCCAGAGGGGGUGAGGUGACCAGAGCUGUUUGCAGUAAAGUCACAGGAGGAGUGUUGAAGUUCGCCCACCAAGCAACGUUUCCGGUCCACUUCAGCAAAGCAACGAUAAAACAGUGGUGGGAAACAGAUCUACUUUUUAAGAUUUACUCGCGAAACACUGACCAAAAAAAGCCUGUUCCUACUGGUAAAGCAGUUUACCCACUGCGCUGUCUGCUUCAGAGCAAGGAGCUGAGUCAGUCUGUUGUCUUACCUGUACAGAGCAUGGAAGGAAACUGUCAAAAACACGAGAUCGGACCUCUCAAGGUGUGUCUAAAACUUAUAACAGAAAACAUGCUGGGUUGGAAAGAGAGAUUGUCUUCACAAACUGCCGCUACACCACACAGAGAGACUCAGUAUUUUGAUACUGGCAGGGAGGAGUUAAUGACUUCUUACCUAGAAGAUCCAAGGCCUAAUGUAUGGAGUCCUCAGAAACCUUCUAAAGUACCACCUUCUCAUUCGAGCCUCAACGUGUCAUCUCAUAAAGUGUGGGAUCAGGUUGAUGAGGACCCCGAGGUCCUGCUACACACAUUACUCAUGGUGCCAGAUGGAAAAGAUUUCAACUGUGGACCUAUGCAGGCUCUAAAUGUGUACUUGAACUGCAAAUUCUUUUGGUGUGAUGAGAUGGCAAGAUCUGUUGUCAGUUGGGGUCAAGCAAACCCUACAUUCAGCUUUCUUCAGGUGACUCCUGUGGCCUUAACAGCUAAACUCCUGGAACGGUUGAAGAACAAUGUGAUGGUAAUCGAAGUAUGGCAGAAAAUGGGAAGCUCAGGACAGGAUCGGCUCCUUGGCCUUGUGAAAUUACCUCUAAAUCAGUUCUACAUGUCAUUUCGGGAUCCAAAGAUUGCCCACCUUCUUCUCCAGGCGCAGUACCCCGUUUUAGGGGUGGACAGCUACAUGCCUGUCAUUGAUGUAUUCUCAGGAAGUUGUAAAGGAAAUCUCCGGGUUGUUAUGGCUAUGGGAACAUCAGAGCAGAUAGCCUCGCUCCAGCGUACAAGAGUUGAAGAAUAUAACACUUUAUCUCAUCUCGUCAGACCGGUUCAUCUGCUUGAUCACAAACAGCUUUCACAAACUAAGCUGUGUCUCUCUCAGGUGCCUGCAGCACACAAGGAAAUUAUGAGAGAGCAUUUAUUUCUGAUAAGAGUGGAGAAGAUCAACGGACUGACACCUUUGCAGUCCACAGUGUGGGGUGAGGCUGACUGCUACGUGCAGUACAGUUUCCCCUGUCAGGACGGUGAAGUUGCUUCAAACAUAGACCUCAUAGAGAGUAGUGUAGACCUAAAAGCAUUUCGCACCACCACUACUCUUUGCGUGCCGGACCCAGUGUUCAGCCACACUGAUACGCAUGUGCUUCUGGCUCCUGAGGAUAUGCCUGUGCAAGGGCUGCUGCUCAGUUCCCUUUCAUACCAAGGCCUGAACAGUGGAGCGGGAGUUCAAUUUGAAGUCUGGUGCAGAUAUUAUUAUCCAAAUGUCAGAGAUCAGCUUGUUGCCAAAGGUUUGCUUCCAUUGUCCAAGCUGUGUGCCAUGGUCACCAUGCAGACAAAGCAUCAAACUGAGGCCCAAAUGUUUUCCGUGCCUCUAAUUCCCAGGAUGGACAGUGCUACAGGGCACCAGCCACAGCCCUCAGGCCUGCUUGAUGUAUGCAUUCAGUAUAAGCACAGACACGUGAGACCUGAGGGCUUUGACGGUCGAGGAGCUGCCUCUCGCAUUGUGACACUUGUAGUUCAAGUGCACAGAGCAUCGGGUCUGCAGGCAGCAGCCAGGGUACUGUCAGAACAAGAUCAAAGGUUCAGCUACUUUGCUGAUGUUGGGGUGAACACUUACGUCACAGUCCAGCUCUCCUUCUUGCCCGACACUGAGAAGAGGUGUACUCGCAUAGCAGCCAGGACCUUCUGCCCAGAGUUUGAACACCACAUGGAGGUGUCGUGUGAUCUGCAGAUUCAGAAGAGCAGUGGAGAAACUUGCAGCCUUGCUGAGCAGCUGGAAGAGGCCUCUGCUGUCUUUACUUUGUGGAAUAAAGACAAUCGCAAAGCAGUAAGCCUAGCUAAAGCUAAAGAUGUGAUGUUGGGCUCAGUAAAAAUACCUUUAGCUGACCUCGUCCAUAAAAAAACAGGUAUAUCUGGCUGGUUUGGAGUAUAUAUGCCUCUGGAAACGAGUUCUUCUCAGCACCAACAAAUUUUAGUUGGAGGUCUAGAGAUCUCCAUUAAGUUUCCCCACCACUCAGACCGAGAGAGAGUGCUUAAAGCUGCUCAGGGUUUGGGCUGGGAAAUGGCCCAGACGGACCAUGAAAUGCAGAAUGAAGAAGAAAUGUUGGAACAAAGCUCAAGGAAACUUUCUCUGACUUUUUCAAUGCCUAGAGCGUGGAUACCUGUUCAUUGUUUACUUUUGCCAGGCCACAGUGAGCUUGAACGCUCCACCUACUGCUACUACAGAUACAAGUUCUAUGAUCAGGAUGCCUUUUGCUCUCCCAUGAAACAUCCAUGUAUCAAGGAGGGAGGAGAGGAAGGCCAGGCCACUGUCAACUUUGAAGGAAGUAGGACUGUGGAGCUAAGGAGCACUCAGCCCAUAAUUUGGUAUCUGCGAGAGGAGAGACUUGAGGUGCAGGUGUGGGUUUCCUUCAACAAGCACAAAGCUGAAAGACCGAGUGACACAGACCGACUGGUGGGCUCAGCGUUUGUUGAUCUGUCGACUCUUGCCAAGACGACAAAGCAGAAGCUGAUUCUCAGUGGAGUGUAUCCGCUGUUCAGACGCACUGCAGCAGAUCUACAGGGGGCAGCUCUCAGGGUGCAUAUCACUCUGACAGAAGGUUCUGUCCCCAGUGAGCCAUCAGCUUUAUGUGACACUCAGGUGGAGUCUGACAGUCAGGAGGGGCUCCUACUAGAGGAACAAGAACACCACCCUCUUUCACCAGCUACACCCAAACAUAACCACAUCAGACCCAAGAAUGUAUCAUCUAGGACGGCUCCAGAAAUCACAUCUGUAGAGCAGACAGAAAUGAACAUGGAUGAAUCCUUCCCUGUUACAGUCACAGUGGACCAGGCCAUGCACCUGAAUCUGAAAGGUUGUCCUUUAGCAGAGCGCAGUGAAGGGAAACCAUGCUGUUGUGUUUCAUACGUCACCGCAGACUCAGCUGAACCAGUGUCGACAGGGGUUGUAGCCAGCAGUGACUGCCCUGUGUGGGACCAUCAACACGAGUGCAGGCUUUUAAACCAACUACUGAUUGAUCCACAGCAAUCUCUCGUCUUCAAAGUCUGGCAUAAAGGAGACACAGAGAGGGUGCUUGGAUUUGCCUCUGUAGACCUGUCCCCUUUACUAUGGGGGUUCCCAUCAGUAUGUGGUUGGUACAACAUUAUAGACUUCAGUGGCCAGUGUCAUGGCCAGCUGAAGGUAUCCAUCACUCCACUAAAAGGAGUCCACAACCUCAGAGUACAAAGAAAAACUGUGAAUGAAGAAGACAGAACCUCACUGACUUUAUUCCAGCCCCUUCCAGUCAGCUACCAUACCACAGCCACGUACAGCAGCUUCCCCUCUCACAUCAGCCGUUACCCUGAGCAGAUGAUCUCAUCACCUGACCAAACAAACAGGCUGUUCCCGGAAAGGCCCGACGAGACUGAACGUCAUUUUGAGCACAUGGACAAUGUUCGUCUUUACCACCAAAGUCUGCAAGAACAAGUAGCUGCUCAUUCUGUCUAUGACAGCACGUCAGGUGACGUUAAUCCUUCCACCUCAUUCCUGUUUUCAACACUCAGGAAAAAACUAGGUGAGCUUGACAACAUCCAGAGAUACUUUAGCCGUAAACUUUCAACUCCCACGUUCCCAUCCAUGACUGCUCAGGAUCAUCACACCAGACACGAGGAAGAAAGGAAGUCAGAGACAGACACAAGUCAGCUUCUUUUCAAGUCCAACCACUUAGUGGGAGAAGUCAACAAUAUCAUUAGUGGUCUUCAACAGCGCCACCUGGAGAUGAUUCCCUCUAACCUCCAGAGCACGUGUUUCUUUGUUGGGGAAAAUAACACUCAGUCUAUCCCUGAGAGUGAAUCUAGUCCAUGCAGAGCUUCAAAUUCUUCUCCUGUGUCUUCAGCACUUCCAAGGAUGUGUGAAGACCAGACUAAAUGUGGAUCUGUUGAGGUAAAGGACAGACACAACUACAAGAUUACUGUAUCUGAGGAUGAAACCGAAGAGAGAACAGAUGACAGUGAAGAUGGAAUAAUGUGCAGACAGCACAAGCAUGCUGCUGCUGCUGCUGCUGCUGCUGCUGAUGAUGAUGAUGAUGACUACAUCGAUGAAGAUUACAAGGAAGUUGUGGUGAAGCCAAGGCAUCUAAAUGAGGUGACCUCUUUAACAGACAAAACCAGUCCUUGGACCAGCAUUCUGUCAGACCCUGAUCUAGUGUCUCUGGUGAGUCUGGAAGAACCAGAGGAUGUGAUGAGGCAGAUUUCAAAUCGGGAAACACAUGAUGCCGAUAACAAACACAAGUCUGACAGACAAGAGGAAACGGACAGUUUUAGUGGAUCAACUGGAGACACUUCAGACACAGAGAGAGAUGGUAAAAGGACACCACAAGCUUUAGAUGAGAGACCAGCAGAAGAAGCAGACAGCUGUCAGGAGGAGUCACAAGACACAUGUCCAUCACCAGUCAUGCACCUCACCACAGAUACCCAGGAUGCUGCUUGUUUCCCGGACAAUCAAGACCUGCCGUUUCAGCCCUCAGUUCCUGUGGAGAUUCCCAAUUUCUUCCUUCCCUCUCAGCAACUGGAGGCAUCCAUGAGAGCCAUACGUUUGGCUCCUAGUUUCUCCCAGUCGACUGCUGACCCGGGUCAGGACAUUUCUACUCGCAGGGGUCCACGCCAGCGUCCCCACAUGUCACCACCAUCCAUGAAGAAGGAGACUGAACGAAUAGCAAAAAUAUUUGCAGCCCACUUUGAUGCCGGCCGUUAACAUGUUGUUGUCUUUUUUGCUUAAUGUCGCUAAUUUUAUUUUUGUGAAACGUAAUGUAUAUUAAAUGUAACAUGUUUCUACUUUUAUAAUUAAAUAUUUCAGUUUACUAUUUAA